AUUAGCUACUCAGACAUCACUCCUCAACCCUUCUCUACAACCACUUGCUUCAAAGCAUCCAACCCAGCCCAACCCAACCAUCAAAAUGAAGUUCUUCACUGUCGCUGCUUUCUUCGCCGCCGCCGUCAUGGCCUCUCCGACCGCUCCUAUUCCCGGUGCUGCCGCCGGUAACGGUAACGCGCCAGAGAUCACUCAGUCUCAGACCAAGAUCAAUCAGUCCCAGCAGAAUAGCUGGAAUACCGUAUGCAGUGCUCAGAAGGGCUACCACCCCGUCUGCUGUGACAAGGUGGACGCCUCGAAGACUUCGACCGCAAAUCUCGGUCUUCUGAGUGGCCUCCUCGGUAAUGGUCUAGGUGACAUUCUCGGUCUCAACAACCUUGUUGGAGGCAACCCUGAGGCUUGCAGUGGUCUUGUUUCCGCCCUCAACAAGCAAUGCCAGACCAACAUCGGUUGCUGCCAGCAGAACUCCGAUAGCAGCAACACCCAGAACGGGCUCCUCAACCUCAACCUCCAGGCUCCUUGCCUUCUCAGCAACGGCCUGUAAUCAACUCGCCAUUUGGUUACGAAAUCCUGCGUAUCAUUGGACAUAAUGCAGCUUUCUUGGUCCUCGCCGCUGCAUCAAGAUCGCUACCGUUCUCGCGAUUUGUGCACAAAUGAUUUGAGAUAUAUGGUUCACUUCGCUCAUUCUGUACACUCUAGCAAGUUUAUCCUCGUGGCAGCUUAUGCAUACUAGAGUUGCCCGCCUGUUAAUAAUUAGAAUUGAACAAUACUGUCAUUAUCAUGAAUUGGUUAUUUCGUGCGAUGUAUUUUCUCGUCUCGAUUGUUUGCGC